UCUUUAUGUCGGACACGACAUCAUAUCAUUUUGGUUAGAACGUUUAAAGUAUGAUGACUUCGUACAUUCGUACGUUCUUUAUAGGCACCUUAGUUUCGGUUCUUUCACCGCUACAUACAGCGUCUGGGGAUGACUCUCAACUGCGUCUAGAACUAUCUGAUCUGCUAGCCCGCAAUGCGCUGGCGAUGGACAGAUUGAGGGCAGAGUGUAAAGGAUAUGAAAAUUUCGGGUUCCCCCCUGCUUCAUCUAAUGUGGUUGUUGGCAGACGACAGACCACCGGCGUGGAUAUACAAUUGUUAGUGGAUAUUGGGUAUCAGAAGGCAGUGAACGAACACCUGCUUAAGCUUUAUGGCAACUGUACUAGACAUACUACGACCACAAAACCAUCUGCUACUACAUCGGUGAUUACAACGACAACAACAUCUUCAACGACGUCUACGACAACUGCUCGUCCAGUGCAAUCCUGUAGGGACAAAACGGAUUGUUCUAGAUACGCAAAUGAUGUCUGCAUCCAAUUCCCAGAGUGGAGCGCAGAUAACUGCAAAUUCUUCUGUGGAUUUUGCAGGGGGUCGUCCACGUGCGCCGACAAACUCUCCAACUGCGCCGCCUAUGGUGACGAUGCCUGCACUGGAUUUUAUGAAGCCUGGGCAAAAGAAAACUGCGCCAAGACAUGUAACUUCUGUGGAGGUGUUCCAGUGCCUCCUAUGCCGACUCCGCCUCUGCCAGGUGGUGGGCCGUCCACGUGCGCCGACAAACUCUCCAACUGCGCCGCCUAUGGUGACGAGGCCUGCACUGGAGUUUAUGAAGACUGGGCAAAAGAAAACUGCGCCAAGACAUGUAACUUCUGUGGGGGGUCGUCCACGUGCGCCGACAAACUCUCCAACUGCGCCGCCUAUGGUGACGAGGCCUGCACUGGAGUUUAUGAAGCCUGGGCAAAAGAAAACUGCGCCAAGACAUGUAACUUCUGUGGCGGGUGCAUAUACCAAGGACAAACGUAUAGACAAGGCUGGACGUGGAAAGACGGGUGUAAUUACAACUGCGAAUGUGUAGAUGGGUCAACAGGCUUCUACAGAUGUACAGAAAGAUGUCCCAAAUACGAUACUACUGGUUUCCCGCCACAGUGCUCAAUGCAACCAGAUCCAAACGACUCUUGCUGCAGGAAGCCAGUAUGCAACUUGGGAGGAAGCACUGGAACCGGAAGUGGCACUGGGACCUACCCAGCAUCCGGCUGUCUCUAUAAUGGCAAGACAUACAAACAGGGAGAAAAGUGGAAAGAUGGAUGCAAGUACAGUUGCACCUGCACGAAUGGGGCUACAGGCCUAUACACGUGUAGUGCCAUGUGCCCCCAAUGGCAGUUACCAGAGGUUUGCUCCCUCCAGCCACGUCCAGGGAAAUGUUGUCCUAAACCUUCGUGCCCACCUAACUAUAGUAUUAACUACCCACCAGGGAUGUCCGAGAGCACCUUGCCAUAGACACCCGUAUGUCCACGUGAUACCUACUUGAUGCAGCUGCUUGCACUUGUAGAACAGACACAGAGAAAGAUGCUUGAAAAUAGUUGAGAAUAGUUUUCCAUGCUCAUUUGCGAGGCAUGUCAAUCAAUCGAUAGCAUUGCUCAAGAUAGAUUGCAAUAAGUAUACCCAUAACAUUGAGAAUGACAAGUUAUGUUUGUCGAUUUGUUUGUGCUUACAUUUUGCUAGUGAUGAUUUGAAAUAAACAGAUGAGAGUUAAUAA